AUGACUUACACGGGUAAUCCAGAUAACCUCCGCCUGAUCUCGGGGCGCAGCGCCCUCAUCGACGUCUAUACUUCACGCCACCCAAACAAGUCUUACACCAUUUACGCCGUCAAGGUCCACCGUGGUAAGCGCCAGGAGAUUCUUUCAGCAACAGGCCGUGAUCUCGAGGACGCCUUUGAGAAUCUGCACACAAAAUCUUCGCAGGAGGUGUACCAAUUUAUCGAUGCCAAUGGCUUCGCCUUCCCCCGCGGGGUGAAGUCCGUCUCUGGCAGCCACGAGGAUGAUGAGUCCGACUCUUCCAACAGUGAGGCAUCUACCGUCGAAGUAUCUGACAUACUGUCCGUCUCUGCCGUCUCCGACGACAGUGAUGGCGAAAACGGCAGGAGAAGGGCGAAGAAGACCAAAGGCUCCUCCCACCGUAAGACGAAGCGCAAGACGAAGAGACACUCCAAGCACCAUGAUUCCUCCUCAUCUGAGGAAGAAGAUAUAGACAGCGACUCUGGUCCUGAAAUCUCUCUCCGGAGACACCGCGCCGCCGUCGCCCCUAUUCCACGUCCAUCCUACAUUCCCACGCCACCCGGAGUAGUCUCGCACCCUCCCCCUCCUCCUCCGGGCUGGAGAGGCCCCCCGGCCCGCGUCUAUCCCCCCGGUGUUGCGGCCGGACCGCCGCAACCUCCACGCCCUAGCUUUCCACCCGGCAUGCGCCCGCAACCCUCUCAGGGCCUCGCCGCAUCCACCGCGCCCGUAGCUCCAGGCGCUCCCGCGGCGUCGUCCAAACCCGUCCGCCUCAUCAUUAAGUGGCGCGGCCAUGGCGAGAAAAAGGUCAUCGAGACCUGCGUGGCGAGCCACCGCGCGCUGCAGCGGACUGCGCUCGCCCAUGUGCGGUCCCACUGGCAGACGUUCGAGAACGUGAUUCCGCAGGAGAUGACACCUGGACGGCUGUGGGGGUUGGGCGCCAAGGUCAGGCGCGUGGCGCUAGGCAAAGACUUAUACGCCAUCUCAGCGACCGGAGGGGACGACCUGGGCAUGUACUUCAAGGCGGAGGACAUCCCUAAAUUCGAGGUCGAGGUUGAUCACGACGGGAGCAUCAUGCCCCCUCCACCGCACCCCCACUCUCAGCAAUGA